AUGGUUAUUCUGAUAGAACAUGCUGAACACCUGAGGAUGGAGACCAGCUACGCUACGGCAGUCGCUUCGCGGCUCAACGACUUGUUGGCUCAUCAGGAAGAGUUGGCGGCCCGUCAGAACGAGACAGCUGCUGUCCUGAAAGAGUUGGCGGGCCGUCAGAACGAGACAGCUGCUGCCCUGAAAGAGUUGGCGGGCCGUCAGAACGAGACAGCUGCUGCCCUGAAAGAGUUGGCGGCCCGUCAGAACGAUACAGCUGCUGUCGUGGAAGAGUUGGCGGCCCUUCAGAACGAGACAAUCGCUCGACAAGACGAGCGGUUCGCCGAGUUCUGCCGGACUAGGAAGAUGGGAAUGUCAACCGGUUCCAUUCCGGACAGCAGCAUCACGGCGACUUCCGCAUACGACAAUCGGUUUCUGGCGAAAAUGGGAAGAUUUGGAACCAACCGCAAGGGGUGGCUAGCAAGGUCACAAAAUAUGGACGCCGAGUGGAUGAAGGUGGACCUGGGACAGGAGAGUCGGGUGUAUGGUGUGGUCACUCAGGGGCGUGUGGACUACAACCAGUGGGCCCGGACCUACAAACUGUCCUUCAGCCAGGAUGGAGAGAACUGGACCACCUACGCCAACUCCGACGGAUCAGACAAGGUGUUUGCCGGAAACUAUGACCGGAGUUCGCCGGUGUAUAACUUCUUGGACAGGCCUGUGACUGUGCGGUACGUCCGGUUCCACCCUCGCACCUACGCCUCGCGCCCAGUCAUGCGGGUGGAGAUCCUGGGCUGCCCUACCGACAUGCUGUAGGUGUUGGCACUCACGUGACUGUGACGUCAUCACCGUCUGCCAUGU